AUGUCUAGCUCUGCAAAAUCUUUGGAACCUGCAUUUCAGGGAUCGGGUCAAAGAGUUGGGAGUGAAAUUUGGAGAAUUGAGAACUUCCAGCCUGUUCCUUUGCCAAAAUCUGACUAUGGCAGAUUCUACUCUGGUGAUUCAUACAUUGUCUUGCAGACAACUCCUGGCAAGGGAGGUGCUUAUUUUUAUGACAUACACUUUUGGCUUGGAAAAGAUACUAGCCAGGAUGAAGCUGGAACAGCAGCUAUAAAAACCGUUGAACUUGAUGCAAUUCUUGGUGGGCGUGCAGUACAGUACAGAGAAGUUCAAGGUCAUGAGUCUGACAAAUUUUUGUCAUACUUCAAGCCAUGUAUUAUACCACUGGAGGGCGGCAUUGCCUCUGGAUUCAAGAAACUUGAGGAGGAAGAAUUUGAAAUACGAUUGUAUGUCUGCAGAGGAAAACGAGUUGUCAGAUUGAAACAGGUCCCCUUUUCUCGGUCCUCACUGAAUCACGAUGAUGUGUUUAUCCUAGACACAAAAGAUAAGAUUUUUCAAUUCAAUGGUGCAAACUCCAAUAUACAAGAAAGGGCCAAGGCGUUGGAAGUGAUUCAGUUUUUAAAGGGCAAGUAUCAUAAUGGGAAAUGUGAUGUCGCUAUUGUUGACGAUGGAAAGCUACAGGCUGAAUCAGAUUCCGGUGAAUUCUGGGUCAUAUUUGGUGGCUUUGCUCCAAUUGGCAAAAAGGUAGCUAGUGAAGAUGAUGUUAUUCCAGAGAAAACUCCUCCCAAACUUUAUAGCAUUGAUGAUGGUCAGGUUAAUGGUGUAGAUGGUGAACUUUCUAAGUCAUCAUUGGAAAACAACAAAUGCUAUUUAUUGGAUUGUGGGGCUGACGUGUUUAUUUGGAUUGGUCGAGUAACUCAAGUGGAGGAUAGGAAAGCUGCUAUCCAAGCUGCUGAGGAAUUUGUUGCUAGCCAAAAUAGGCCAAAGUCUACCCGUAUUACCCGGAUUAUUCAAGGGUACGAGACACAUCCAUUCAAGUCCAACUUUGAUUCUUGGCCAUCAGGGUCGGCACCUUCUGCUCCUGAGGAGGGAAGAGGAAAAGUAGCUGCUUUGCUGAAGCAACAAGGUGUUGGUGUCAAGGGAGUGGCAAAAGGUGCUCCUGUAAAUGAAGAAGUCCCACCUUUGCUUGAAGGUGGUGGAAAAAUUGAGGUGUGGCAUAUUAAUGGCAGUGUCAAGACCCCAGUUCCCAAAGAGGACAUUGGCAAGUUCUAUAGCGGAGAUUGCUACAUCAUUCUUUACACCUACCAUUCUAAUGAUAAGAAAGAAGAUUACUACUUGUGCUAUUGGAUUGGGAAGGAUAGCAUUGAGGAAGAUCAAAAGAUGGCUGCUCAGUUGGCUACUACAAUGUCCAACUCACUGAAGGGCAGGCCCAUACUGGGUCGCAUAUUUCAAGGGAAAGAGCCACCACAAUUCGUUGCUAUCUUUCAGCCUAUGGUGGUCCUGAAGGGAGGCAUAAGCUCUGGAUACAAAAACUAUAUUGCAGACAAGGGUUUGAAUGAUGAGACUUAUACGUUUGAUUGUGUUGCGCUCAUUCGGAUAUCAGGAACUGCUGUGCAUAACAACAAAGCUGUGCAAGUUGAUGCGGUGGGGACCUCAUUGAAUUCAAACGAGUGUUUCCUUCUGCAAUCUGGCUCGUCAAUAUUUAGUUGGCAUGGAAAUCAGUGUACCUUUGAGCAGCAGCAAUUAGCUGCAAAAGUUGCAGAGUUUUUGAAGUCUUCAUCAAAUCAAUUUUCCGGUGGGCUGACUUGAGCACUUCCACUGAACUGCAAUGUGCCUAUCAGAAACAUGAGUCAAAUAUUAUGAUGCUUGGAUCACUAGAAACUGACACGAGUGACGGUCAACAAAAUGUCCUCCCAAAAGGCAGAUCCUGAUGUUACUGAACAAAAUAUGCCAUAGAGAUACGAAGUGUCUUAUAGGGUGGUCAUUAAAAAUUUGGGAUGCAAUUUAAGUGUAUACAUAGGCUUAGUGCGACAUGUUAUAAG